GUAAAAGUGCAUUUUGUGGGUUCCUCAAAUAAUUGCACUUUUUGCUUUGCCUUUUUGAAUUGCUCUAGAGCUCUUUUUUCAACUAUUAUACAUAAAGAUCUUACUCAAUAUAUCUUCUUCCACCUACUAUUCAAAAGUAGAAAAUACAUUCAAUUUGUUGAUAUUUCUAGUUAUAAUAAUUUCAUAUUUUUGUAAUCUCAAAUACUAUGGUUUCUGAGAGGAAAUUAGCAAGUGCAAUGGGGGGGAAAACAUUAAGAGCAUGUGAUAAUUGUAUUAAAAAAAGGGCACGUUGGUAUUGUCCUGCCGAUGAUGCAUUUUUAUGUCAAAAUUGUGAUGCUUCCGUUCAUUCGGCGAACCCUUUGGCGCAUAGGCACGAAAGGGUUCGCCUAAAAACGUCAUCAUUGAAAGAACCUUUAUCAUCAUUAGAUGAUUACUUACCCGAUUUGGAAAGUCCAGUAUCGGUUUCAUCAGUAUCAGUGUCAGUGUCAGUUCCAUCAUGGCAUCACGGAUUUACUAGGAAGGCACGGACUCCUAGGCAUGGGAGAAAGGCUAGUAAAUCCGCGGGGGAUGGAGAUGUUAUUCUCAUGAAAAAUCCUAUUCAUAUCGUCCCUGAGAUGUUAAGUGAUGAGAAUUCGCAUGAUGAGAUCGAAGAGGAGCAACUCUUAUAUCGAGUGCCCAUAUUAGAUCCCUUCGUGGCUGAGCUCUGCAGCUCGGCCACGAAUAAUCAAGAGAUGGUGGAGAAUAGCACAACAGCAGCAGCAGCAGAGAUGGAUUCAGAAUUUAAAGUUGAAUCUAAGGAGACAGCGUUGCAGGAUGAUAUCUGUAACGUUGAUCUUAAUAGAUUUCAUGGGGUGUUACCAUCGGAGAUGGAGCUAGCCGAAUUCGCAGCUGAUGUUGAGAAUUUACUAGGGAAAGGACUUGAUGAUCAUGAGUCAUUUGACAUGGAAGGAUUAGGUUUAUUGGAAGUUUGUAAUGAUAAUAAAGAGGAAAACUCAAUGGAGUGUUCAAUGGUUAGUCAUGAAAAAGUCAAAAUUGAAGAUGAAGGUGAAGUCGAAUUCGUUACAAAAACAACUUCUGCAACUACUCACUACGAUCAUCAAUUUGAUCAUAGUACUCAUCAUGAUAUUGAUAUUAAUGGAGACACAUUUGAGUUCAAAUUCGACUACGAUUCGCCGAUGAAUAUUAGGAGAGAAGAUGAAGUGGUUAUGAAGAAUAUUAGAGAGGAUAAUAAUGUUGCAAUUGAUGAUGAAAAUCAGAUUAAUAAGAAGAUUUUAUUAAAUCUUGAUUAUGAAGGUGUAUUAACAGCAUGGGCUGAUCAAAGGUCACCUUGGACUAAUGGUGAAAGGCCAGAAUUGGAUACAAAUGACUCUUGGCCAGACUGCAUGGGAAAUUACAUGGGAAUAAUGAAUGAAAAUGCAAUAAUAGUGGAUAGAGGAAGAGAAGCAAGAGUUUCAAGGUAUAGAGAAAAAAGAAGAACGAGGUUGUUUUCGAAAAAAAUAAGAUACGAGGUUAGAAAAUUAAAUGCUGAAAAGAGGCCAAGAAUGAAAGGAAGGUUCGUUAAAAGGGCUAAUUUUGCAACAACAACGACAACAACUCCUAAUUACCCUAUGGUUAAAUAAUUAAUCAAUGUUAAGUUUAAUUUAUUUAAUUUUUUUCUUUUUACCACUAGGUUUUACGUAGUACUGUUUUUACUACUAGUUGUAAAAUAGUACUUGUAGACUUGGAGAGGUUUUUUUUGUAUAUAUAGUUCAUAAUAAAUAGCUAUAUGCUAUAACAAUUUUGUCAUUUUGAAUUAGGACUUUUUGGAUCUAUGAUGGUUCUCCAAAUUGUUCUUUUUAUUUUUGACAAAGAAGAAGAAAGAAUAAAAUCUCUAGAAAAUUGUAGUUCC